CAGAUGUUCUCAGACAGGGAGGAUAUUGCGGGCAAGGGUGGGGGACCAUGGUCAACUGGCCAGGUUUUCCCACCCAGCCUAGGCUGCCACCUACAGGCCACUGGGGCUCCCCACCAUGUGGCUGCCUCUGCUACUGGGUGCCUUGCUCUGGGCCGUGGUAUGGUGGUUCAGGGACCGUCAGAGGCUGCCUGCCAAGGAUGCCUUCGUCUUCAUCACCGGUUGUGACUCAGGCUUUGGGCGCCUCCUGGCACUGCGACUGGACCAGAGGGGCUUCCAAGUCCUGGCUGGCUGCCUGACGCCCUCGGGCGCAGAGAACCUGCAGCAGGUGGCUUCCUCCCGCCUCCACACCACCCUGCUGGAUGUCACUGACCCCCAGAGUGUGCAGCGGGCAGCCAAGUGGGUGGAGAUGCAUGUUAAGGAAGCAGGUGAGCACCCUCACCACAGGGGUCACUUGUGGAGGUGCCUCACCUGCCUGCCCUCGGCAUCGUCUCCUGUCCCCCCCACAGGGCUUUUCGGUCUGGUGAAUAACGCUGGCGUGGCUGGCAUCAUUGGGCCCACACUGUGGCUGACCCGAGAUGAUUUCUACCACGUGCUGAGUGUGAACACAUUAGGGCCCAUCGGGGUCACUCUGGCCCUGCUGCCCCUGCUGCAGCGGGCCCGGGGCCGGGUGGUGAACAUCACCAGCGUCCUGGGUCGCCUGGCAGCCAACGGUGGGGGCUAUUGCGUCUCCAAGUUUGGCCUGGAGGCCUUCUCCGACAGCCUGAGGCGGGACGUGGCUCCCUUUGGGGUCCGUGUCUCCAUCGUGGAGCCUGGCUUCUUCCAAACACCUGUGACCAACCUGAAGACGCUGGAAACUGGUCUGCAGGCCUGCUGGGCACGGCUGCCCCCAGCUACACAGGCCUGCUACGGGGAAACCUUCCUCACUAAGUACCUGACUGUGCAGCGGCACAUCAUGAACUUGAUCUGUGACCCAGACCUCACCAAGGUGAGCAAGUGCCUGGAACAUGCCCUGACUGCUCGUCACCCUCGAACCCGUUACAGCCCUGGCUGGGACGCCAAGCUGCUCUGGCUGCCUGCCUCCUACCUGCCAGCCAGCCUGGUGGAUGCUGUGCUCUGCUGGGUCCUUCCCAAGCCUGCCCAGGCAGUCUACUGAAUCAAUCCUCCCAGCAGGGGCAAGCACUGGGAUCCACUGCUGUCCUCCCUCUGGUAACACCUGGCGUCUGGCACCAAAUAGGCAUGCAAUAAAUGUGUACUGUCUAGAAAA